CUAACCUAGGAAGAAAAAAAAAUGUUGUUUGCUCAAAAGUACGAUUAGUUAAAAAAAAAAAAAAUAUGACCUUUCACCUUUGACAAUGUUUGUUCCGAGCAGUAAUGGACGGACGCUUUGACCCACCUUGCAGCAGAACAGGCCGUAUGAGUUUAGCAAAACAGCCUAGUUUCGUAUUUGCGACUGCAGUAGAGGCGGAACUCCACCCCGAGCUACAUGACCCCCUCACAGGAGUGAUGGCAGAGGGCGUGUUAAUAACUUCAGGUACGGGGCUUUAGAGCUGCAGUGCUCGCCCAGCUGGUACCAUGCAGCAGAAAGGUGCGAUCCAAAUCAUAGAAUGGGAGGACCUGGACAAGAGGAAGUUCUACUCCCUGGGUGUGUUCAUGACCUUGACCACCAGAGUCACCGUCUACCCGGCCAGCCUCAUCCGCACUAGGCUCCAGGUGCAGAAGGGGAAGGCCCUCUACUCCGGUACCAUUGAUGCUUUCUUCAAGAUCCUUCGAGCUGAGGGUGUGCAAGGCCUGUACCGUGGUUUUAUGGUCAACACAUUCACGCUGGUUUCAGGACAGGCUUAUAUCACCACCUAUGAACUGGUGCGCAAGUACGUGUCCCAGUACUCGCCCAGUAACACGGUGAAGUCGGUGGUGGCAGGAGGAGCUGCGUCCCUGGUGGCCCAGACCAUCACUGUGCCCAUAGACGUGGUGUCGCAGCAACUGAUGAUGCAAGGGCAGGGCGAGCACUUGACGCGCUUUAAGGCCAAACCCAAAAUGAUGCUCACAACAAGUAAACGCAGACUGACUUUUGGGCAAAGCCGGGAAAUAACGGUGCAGAUAUUUGCAGCUGAUGGCUUCAAAGGAUUUUACCGAGGCUAUGUGGCAUCUCUGCUCACGUACAUCCCAAACAGUGCUCUCUGGUGGCCUUUUUAUCACUUCUAUGCAGAGCAGCUGUCCUUGUUGGCACCCAGUGAGUGCCCCCAUCUGAUGCUGCAGGCUUUGGCAGGACCAAUGGCCGCAGCAACCGCCUCCACCAUCACCAACCCCAUGGAUGUUGUCCGAGCAAGAGUACAGGUGGAGGGACGAUCGUCUGUAAUCGAGACGUUUAAGCAGCUGCUGGCUGAGGAGGGCGUCUGGGGGAUGUCCAAGGGGCUGUCGGCCCGCAUCAUCGCCUCCAUGCCCACGUCAGUGCUCAUCGUGGUGGGAUACGAGACUCUGAAGAGACUGAGCCUACGAGCUGACCUGAUAGAGACUAGACACUGGUGAAGAGACCAGAGGGGGAGAAGAAUUCACCUCAACAAAGGCAGGAAGGAAACUCAGAUUUGAGUGUGUUCUCGGGGUAACUGCUCAGACGUGUAGCUGCUUCUACAUGACUUUGGGAUAUUUUAAAUACAGAUAUGAUGCAGCAGAGUUCAAGUGUUGAUGUUUGUCUUUAGGUACCCUGAAGGGUUGCCACCUAGAAUUUUUAUUCAAGCCUUUUUCUGCAAAGGGGUUACUGUGAAACACGGAGAUAUAAAAUAGAAAAUCUUCAUAAACUUUGUUAUUAGGAAAAUCGUUUCUUCUUACAGGAAUGUAGAUCAAUCAAUCAGUCUUUUGGGAUCACUGCCUCAUGUACUAAAGUUAAAGAACAAGGGAUGACUGUCAGUGUCAUUUCUAACUCCUUGAUUUUGAAUAGUCAUACUUUAACUGCAUCCUGGUGGCCUAAAUUUGUGUAUCCUUGAGUGAGUUUUCAAUGUGCCAUAAUCUGGAGAUACAAAUACCUUAUUUGUCCUAUUGAGCACAUCCAGAGUGGAAAAUCAUGAAAUUUUUGUGCAUUCCAAUGGGGGAAAAAAACUCUCUUUAGACUCAAAUCAACAAAGAACGAGAUUUGUUAUUGAAUGAAAACAAUGCAGUGAAAAUUGUACAGAAAAUGAGUAUAUCUUGAAUGUGUGAUAAUUAAGGUAGACUACAAGAAGAGGUGUAUUUCAAACUUCGUUUGAUGUUCUGUUCACUUACAGGACUAGAAACAUAACAUUUAGCCAAUGGGGUGUUUGUGAAACCAGGUUCAAGUUUGUGUAAAUGGCUCUAAAGCCUUUCUGUAAUGUAAGUAGCCGUGUUCGUGAUUUAUUUCCAGCAGUCUGUAAAGUCAGUGCUAGAGGUGUAAUGAUGAAUUCUGCACAUAGAUAAACUGAUCGGGCUUAAUCCCCUAUCAAUCAGGAUUCUGCUUGUUUUAAUUUCUGUUUGUCGAGGGGGAUUGCAAAAAAAAAACAACAACCUAGAUCUUUAAAGAUAACAGGCGUUGUAGCAUAAGAGGUGAACACGUGCAGCCCUGAAACCCUGUGACAGGUGCAAA